AUGACGGACCAGACCGCCGACUUGGGCGAAUACAUUGCGAAAUACCACAGUGUAUUCUCUCGCAAAACAACCUCAAAGGGACAGUGCCGCAUCUUCGGCAUGGAGAACCGACCUCUCCUGAAGAAAGGGCAAAAGAAUCGAGUCCUCCUUUACGCAGGAUGUUUCAACCCACCUCACCUUGGCCACUACAGCAUUCUCCGAAGAGCCUUUGAAGCAAGCCAGGAUAUCAAUGCCAUCGCCGCCAUCGUCCUACCCGUCGACGACGAUAGAGUCCAAGGAAAAUGCAAGAAAAUAGGUCAGAGUCUCGUUCUGCCGAAAUCCGAGCGAGUGCGCCUCUGGCGUUCCGACGCCAAGAUCCUGCCAGAAUGGUGGAUUUACGACGGCAGCACAGAGGAGUGGAAAUGGCUGUGGAAAGAUCUGAAAGUGGCGAUUAAAAUGGAUGGGUUCGAUUUACGAUUCACCAAUGUGCUUGGACCGGACCACAUAUCGCGGUUUGGGUCAUACAGUGGAUUGAAUUGGGGAUGUUACGAGACGAUCACUAGCGAUGCGGGGAGACAGAGUGACCUGGUCAAAGCUAACGGAUCACUCUUCACGCUCCCGGGCGGUUUUACACCCUAG